CGGAUGCUCAAGAUGGGCAAGAGCAAGACGAGGCCUUGUCGAAAGACGCCGGUAUGGAAGGUAUUCACGACGCAAGGGAAUGCCAUGAGCAGCAUCCUUGGUAGACAACAGCCAGACCGACCACGUCCAUAAACUUAAGGAAUAUCUCAAACCAGGUCGGGUAAAGGGGGCCGAAACCCAAGAGAUAUCGAAACGAGUGACCGCAUGCUGCUACAACUGUGCUGACUUCGAUCAAAAAGGAUGUUAUCGGCCUCCUUUGGCAAUUCAGGAAUCACGCCAAGAGUCUCGGAGAAGAUCCUGGUUUCGAGUAAGCGCGCCGCGUUUUACCAUAUUACGACAGUCCUUCUCCUACCUGCCAACUUUCAUACCACACUCCUUUAUCUCACAAUAUCGACUCGCUCACACGCCAGCAGAACGAAGUACCCUUUCCCAUCAUCGUUCAUCGUCGCAGUGGUGGCCUUGAGCCAUUGUAUGACCUACAUUUCCGGUAGUCCAGUACCUGGCGAUGCCGGUACCGAUGAUCAGAGUCAAGGACCGAAGUGUAACAUUUCACCAAGACCGAAUAAUCCAGAUCGCUACCUGUACACUGGUAAGGGAAGACCUAGCCCCAGUGAUCUCAAGGUAUCGAAUCUCUGGCUACCCUGGCCUCGUGGCGUGGAGGUCAACCCUGAAUUUGCCGAAAAUAAAACGGGUGUCCCCGCGGACUUGAGCUCUUUUGCAGUCAUGCGAUCCCUGGUCGAAUUGGAUAUUCAGAACAUCGAGAAACUCUUGCCCUACGAUGACAGUAAAGGCAACAAAGACUGUUUUGUGCAUAUCCUCGGCUACAAAGUCGAAGAGAUCGGGACGUUCGCGGUCACUAACUACGACCGAUUUAAAUGAGAAGCUCUAUGGCCCGCCAUUAUACAAAGCGAGGUAUUUAAACGCCUCAUCGCGGACUAUCAGGAUUGGGAUAAUAUGGCUUCCGGGCCUGGAUUGGACGAUGACGGGGAGCCUAUAAUUCGGACCACUCACGAUAUUGACGCCCUUGUCGGAAACUCUACUAGGAGAAUUGCAGAGAUGCUUUGGAACGAAGGACUGAACAAGACUGGGAAAGCCGUGACGACUACUGUCCC